CUAGACCACGGGUGUCAAACUGGCAGCCCUCCAGCUGUUGCCAAACUACAAGUCCCAUGAGGCAUUGCAAGAUUGACAGUUACAAGCAUGACUCCCAAAGGCAGAGGCAUGAUGGGACUUGUAGUUUUGCAAAAGCUGGAGGGCCACCAGAUUGACACUCCUGGUCUAGACUCAGGGGUGUCAAACUGGCGGCCCUCCAGCUGUUGCCAAACUACAAGUCCCAUCAUGCCUCUGCCUUUGGGAGUCAUACUUGUAACUGUCGAUCUUGCAAUGCCUCAUGGGACUUGUAGUUUGGCAACAGCUGGAUUGUCACCAGUUUGACACCUGUGAUGUAGAGC